AUGAUAGAGAUUAGGACGAACAUGCAAUUCCUAUCUGAAUCCCUGACUGCAAUGAUCUCAAGCUCCAUGGAUGAGAUAUUAAGGCGAUUCAAUGAUAGGAAAGGUUGUCCAGUUAAUGAGUAUGAAGAUACCGAAGCUGCUAUCGAAGGAUUCGAGAAGAUCGACGAGCAAGUAGAUGCUGCCAUAUCUGAUGUGAUCACAGCAUCCCAAAAUGUUGACGAAGAGGGAUCACCAACUACUGAACCGGCUUCUGAAUUACCAGUUAAGCGGGAUUCAAGGCCUGCGAGGAUACUGCGGUCUCCAUUUGUUGUUGGGGAAGGAAAGGAACCGUGGCAUGACGGUAAUGUUAUUGUAUUUGGAAAUUAUAAAGACCAUGUUGAAGAAACUGAUAAAUCAGCAUUCCUGGGUUGGUUUCAGAGAGGAUAUAAACUCAAAAAUAGACAUUAUCUUGACAACAGUAAAAAGUUUAAUGAGCACGAUGACCAAAUCAAACCAGCCUUUAGUAUUGGCUUAUACCUAGUCGUUCACAAGACAUGGUUCCACCAGCUGAUAGAUGCUGAAACAUCUUUAAGCGGUUCGUUACACAACAUUAAGAACCUCAUACAACACCAUGCACAUACCGUUGAGCAGCCCACUGUAGCAAAAUUUGGGAAAGUAAAGUUUAGAGUUACAACAACGGACUCUUGGUUCCAGAACAAGAUAAAAGAUAUAUUUUCCGCUUUUCAAAAAGACCCUCAAGUUCUGUUAUCGGAGAGCAGCUUGAUUAAGGCUGUCACAGGUCGGCUAAUAUCCCUAAGCACAUCUUGGGCCGAUGUAGACUAUGUGUUUAUGCCACUCUUACCCACGAAUAAAGCUCACUGGAUGUUAGGUCUGGUAGAAUUUAGAAGUCAUACUUUGAUGCUGUUCAAUUCAGCUGGAAAAACUUAUCGUGAUUGGAAGGUGCUGGAAGGUAUUGAGCCCUAUGUGAAGGUAUUGCCUGCUAUUAUGAAAGUGUUGGGAAUUUCGAAAAAAGACCCCGAUUACAACGAAUCUGAAUGCAAGCAAAUGAAGGUGACCAUUGACAGUACCCUGCCUCAGCAGACGAAUGAUCAUGACUGCGGGGUGUUCGUGAUAUUAUAUGCAUUGUAUAUCCUCCGUGAUGACAGAUGUGCUAUUCUCCAUCAGUUCGAUGCUGCAAAAUGUAGAAUUGAUAUCACCUCACUACUCUACAAACACCAAGAAUCUUACGUGAAGAAGGCGAGACAGGCUUUUAAAGGGGAAGGGAUUGUAAUAGAAUGA